AUGACUCUAUACGAGAAAGGCGACGUCGAGAUUAAGAUCCAACAAACCCAGUUUUUUAUCUCUUCUUCAGUCAUGCUGGAAACGUCACCCGAGUUUAAAAAGCUUCUUACCAAGCCAAACGGCACGUUGCGUAAGAGGAUCGAGCUCCCUGAUGAAGAUCCUGAAGCUUUUCGCCUGAUGUGCCAGUCGGCUCAUGGCUCUUUCAUACCGCAAUCUCACAUAUCGCUACAAACGCUUGUGAAGAUGGCUGACGCUAUUCGACGAUACAAGAUUCCCACUACAUCGCGCGUACAUAAUACCGUAGCGUUCAGCUUCAUCACACAAACCCUGAGGCCAGAGACGAUUUCUACAGCCAAACUCCUUAUGCUUCUUCAUGUAGCCAAGGUUUUGGGCCCUACCAAGUACCAUCAGCUACUUCAAGAUGUCUUUUUUGUCCACCCACUUCAAUUGGAGCCAUUGCCCACUGAGCAGUUUGCUGGUGGUCAGGAUACAGAUUGUAUUGUACUGUUGGCAAAUCUGAUGCUCCGAGGUGCGGCAUGUCGCUCAGAAGUCGCAAGCACACUAUUAAGUCCACUGGGUAUCGGUGAAGCUCUCCAUCUACGCGAGAAAAACGACUUGGCUGUAUGGAUCUUGAGGGGAGACUCAAGCCUACAAGAGAUAGAUAAUCGACUUCGAAGUUUGCGGAGCGCUGUAGAUCUCCAGAGAGAACAGCUACUGGACGCUAAUGUAGCAAUCGAGGAAGCAACUGCCGAUAUCAGCCGUUAUGUCCGCACUACUAUAGGAGAUGCUCUGGAAGCUGGAGAUAAUCUCACACAAGAAGUCUUGAAGCUAGACACAUGCCAUGAAGUCAAACGAUUAGACGUCCAGAUUGCAGAAGACGGCCGGACAUCGAAGAAACUAGUGGGUGUUGAUGACCUGGACCUGGAGCGCGUUUCUUCCAGCAGCACACAGUUUGAGAAUAUGGAAGCCUACAGCGAACCUGUGGAAGAUAUGCUUGAUGGCUAUCUAGAAUUCGAGGAUGACGAGUCUGUGACUUAUGCCAGAACAGUGUAA